AUGAGUGACAUUCGUAGAGGUAAUGAAACCAAACAUCCUAGGCGACACAAUGCCAUCAAGAUGAACGUAGACGGGCAGCCGAACAGACGGAACACAGAGACAGAUGAAGUGAGCGUGAUCGCCCGCGGCCGGGCAUGCGUCAGGACAGUACAGUACAGACACAGUGAAGUGAUGAGAAGCUUCGGGCGCAGCCACAUUCAACGGUGCGUGCGCGCGGCCGCCGCGCAAGCGAUGUAUGACCCAUGCUACUACGUGCCCCGCCGUCCAUCCUGGCACUCAGCGCCGCACACUCAGCCCGCCAGCCGCGCCCCGCUUGGCUGGUCAGGUGCAGGCGGAGCGCGACGAACGAGCCUCAUGUACAUAGCUGCAGCGGCAGGGUGGACGGGCGGGACCUGGCGGCCGUCGGACGUCACAAGGGAUCGCGUACACCAACACCGCGCACGAACAAACCCUGGCGGGGAGUACGCGCGGGCGCGGGCACGAACGAGCAGUCGCUUACCGAGCUUAAUAGAAGUGAAAGACUUACGCCUGGCCGUGGAGCCGGAGAGCGAGAGCGUGCGGCCGAGCUCUCCCUUUACAGCACGCAAAGAGCGCAGUAUGUCGUCGGGGUCGCGUCGCACGCACGACGAACGUCGCCGCUCGUUACGUCGCGCACUCAUCGCCGGCGAUACAUCGCCACCACCUUCUACACAACCGUCACUAAUGUACUACCUACAGACAUUGCUUACCUUGCAGUAG